UACAGCCCGAGUUUCAGUUCAGUGUUGACAGUGGCUCGUGGCGGGUCAGUUGCGUUUCUCUUUUAGAUGACUUGUUAUAACAAACAUAAAACUGCGGUGUAAAGCUAGAUGAACUUUUAGACUUUGUGUCCACGGCUUUGAUGAACCAUGGCUACAAUAACGUGUCGAGUGCAAUAUCUGGAGGAUUCAGACCCAUUUGUGUGCUCAAAUUUCCCCGAGCCCCGCAGACCUCUGCCGUAUGACUUGAACGAGCAUUUGCCGUUGAACGAACAGAUCGCCGGUGUUCACAAACUGCUCGAAGCGCCUUUGAAGCUAGAGGAGUGUGCACUGCAACUGGCUUCUAAUGGCAACUAUCUGGAUCUGGAUUCAUCGCUUGCUGAACAGAGAGAUGAUCUGGAGCAGCUCUAUGAUGAUGUGGAAAAAGGCAAAAAGCCCAUCUUAAUUCUCCGUACGCAGCUCUCAGUGCGGGUUCAUUCCAUCCUAGAGAAGUUGUAUAACUCCCAUGGCCCUGAGCUCCGGCGGUCCUUGUUUUCUUUAAAGCAACUCUUCCAGGAUGAUAAGGACUUGGUUCCAGAGUUUGUGCUCUCCGAGGGUCUGACAUGUUUCAUUAAAGUGGGUGCUGAGGCAGAUCAUAAUUACCAGAACUACAUCCUCAGAGCUCUCAGUCAGAUCAUGCUGUUUGUGGAUGGAAUGAAUGGUGUUGUGAACCACAACGAGACGAUACAGUGGCUGUACACUCUGAGUGGCAGCUUGUCUCGGCUGGUUGUGAAGACAGCUCUGAAGUUGCUGAUAGUGUUUGUGGAAUACACUGAGUCCAACAGUCCACUCCUCAUUCAAGCUGUCAACAUUGUGGAUGGAAAGAGAGAUGUGAAGCCUUGGACGUACCUAAUAGAUAUCCUGUCAGCGAGGAAUGGAUCAGACACAGAGCUGCUCAUCUACACCAUGACCCUCAUCAACAAAACUCUGGCAGCACUUCCAGAUCAGGACUCAUUUUAUGAUGUGACAGACUGUUUGGAGCAGCUAGGAAUGGAAGGCAUCGUCCAGAAAUACAUGACUAGCAGUGGCACAGAAAGUGACCUUAAACAACAGUUCACCAUUUAUGAAAAUGCCCUCAGAAAUGAAGAUGGCGAGGCGGAUGAAGCGACACCUAACAUCCGUAGAGACAGAAGGAAACUGACCCCCAGCGAGCAGGAGGGCAGGAGGAGCCGGCGGUCAUCAGCUCAGAGUCUUCCAGAUAAUUCCUUUCGACCCGCUUCCCCAACCGUAUCCGUUUCUUCUAAUAGCCCUACACUAGAUGUGAUGCGCACAGCCUCCCCUCAGCAGUCAGAUUCCUCUAAUUCCCCUGUUCUUGGCAGUCCUGUGUUGACCAGCCCCUCCUCUACAACUUCUGGCUCCUCAACUCCACCCCUUGCUCGGGUGACUAACGGAGCCGAGUCUGUUGUCGCCUCUGAGCAGGAACACAACUUGGGGCGCUCUUUUAUGAGUCAGUACAUAGCUCACAUGGGGAUUUCUAGACGGAGGUUAAAAAAGGAGAGGUCAAUAACAGAGGCAACCUCAAGCAUCUCUAACAGAGCGUCUUUCACAGAAACGGACUCUCCUCAGGAGAUCCCUGCCCAGUCAGCUGCAGAGCAACCCAGCCGGACAGAGGGAAAGCGAGUCUUCAAACAGCACCAGGCAGACAGUGUUUGUCCAGAGACUGUGAAUAGAGACUUGCCGGUUCUGAGGAAUUUAGAAGACACGUUCUUGCGUUCUCUGGCUGCGUCCCAGUGGGAGAAGAAAAGGAAGUCAUUUGGCUUACUUGAGAGACCUUCUUUAAGCGAGAGUGUGGCGUCUACAGAAGCAGAGACGUCUACUGAAGCCGAGCAGCCGGUCUCCAGCUCAGACACCACAGGAUCUAUUAGUGGUCAGGAAUCUCAGGGGGUAAACUUGACCAGGCACACCCUGGAGCAGCCAGAGGACACAACCACAGCCCACAAUGAAGCAGAGGGUGGUUUGCAGCGUCAGGGCAGUACAGCAGAACAGCACAGCACCCUCUCUAAUGACAGGAAGUUCAUGUUGGACAUGCUUUACAACAACAGCUCCUCUGGAGGUCUAAAAAGUCCAAGUCUGGAAAGUGCACUUGGGGAGCAUGGGAUCACAAGUAUGGCCGGACGACUCUCCAGACUGCAGUCUUGCUCUUCUCAGCCAACAGAGGACACGUCCAGGCGGACAGAGCUGGAGAGCCUCGGAGGUACUGCUCAGGCCGCUCGCGCCAGGCUGGCAGAGGAACAAAUGCUCAAGAAGCUGCGUCCACAGUACAGUAUUGAAGCUGAGACGCAUUCACAGAGUUUGGAGAAGACAAUGAUGACACCAUUGUCCAGGGGUAGUCGGGAUGCCUGGGAGAAGCUGCAGCCCAGUUCCAGACCUCUGCGGAUUAAAGAUCUUGACUUCUCUGAUCUGAUGGAGGAGGAGGAUAUCGACGUGCUGGAUAUAGACACUUUUGACACCUCUUUGCCUAAUGGAGUACUGCCACCCCCUCCUUCAGUGCCAGGACUGGGUUCUACCCCCCCACCGCCACCUCCUCCCCCUCUUCCUCCUGGAUCUGCUACUCUGGCUCCACCCCCGCCGCCGCCUCCUCCUCCUGGAUCUCCUUCUUUGGCUCCACCCCCUCCUCCUCCUCCACCUCCUGGAGGUUCGAGUGUGCCCCCUCCUCCUCCGGGACUCCUUCCUCUGUCUCCGUCUCAGGGGAUUGAUCCGGCUUUUCUAAAGAAACGGAAAACAGUCAAGCUGUUCUGGAAGGAGCUUAAGCAGCCCGACAGCCCCAGGAAGUGCAAGUUUGGGCGGGGCACAGUGUGGGCUUCGCUUGAUAAGGUUGCAGUCGACACAGCUAAGCUAGAGCACCUGUUUGAGUCCAAGGGCAAGGAACUUCCAGUAGCAAAGAAAUGUGCCGAAGCCAAGAAAGCAGCAAUUUUAGUGCUUGAUCCUAAGAGAAGCAAUGCCAUCAACAUCGGCAUGACUGUUUUGCCUGCUGUACAUGUCAUCAAGAGUGCCAUCCUCACCUUUGACGAGUUUGCUAUCAGUAAAGAGGGCAUUGAGAAAAUCCUGACCAUGACUCCGACAGAUGAAGAGAAACAGAAGAUUCAGGAGGCCCAGCUGGCUAACCCCGACGUACCGCUGGGUACAGCAGAGCAGUUCCUGCUUACUCUCUCUUCCAUCAGUGGCCUUACAGCCAGAUUACAGCUCUGGGCCUUUAAACUGAACUAUGAGACUCUGGAGAAGGAGAUUGCAGAGCCUCUUUUUGACCUCAAACUGGGUAUGGAACAACUUGCCAAGAACAAAACCUUCAAGCGUAUCCUAGCAACACUACUGGCCAUUGGAAACUUCCUCAAUAGCUCCAAUGCUAAGGGCUUUGAGCUCAGUUAUUUGGAGAAGGUAACUGAGGUAAAGGAUACAGUACACAGGCAGUCUCUGCUUCAUCAUACCUGCAAUUUUGUGGUGGAAAACUACACAGAUACGACAGACCUUUACACUGAGAUCCCUGCUAUUACACGCUCUGCUAAAGUAGAGUUUGAGCAGUUGUCUGAAAACCUGAUUCAGUUGGAGAGAAAAUGCAAAACCUCUUGGGACAACCUUAAAGUAAUGGCCAAACAUGAAACUAAACCUAACUUGAAGAAUAAAAUGACAGAAUUCCUGAAAGACUGUACUGAAAGGAUCAUCAUCCUGAAAGUAGUGCACAGACGCAUUAUUAACAGGUUUCAUUCCUUCCUGCUAUACUUGGGUCAGCCUUCAUACUCAGUGCGGGACACUAAAGUAACUCAGUUCUGCAAGAUCAUCAGUGAGUUUGCCCUGGAGUACCGCACCACUCGAGAGAGAGUCCUCACCCAGAAACGUAAACGUGCUGUCCACCGUGAGCGCACUAAAACCCGGGGCAAGAUGAUCACAGAGACAGAGAAGUUUUCUGGAGCAGUUCCACAGCUGCCUCUGGAGGACAGCCCAUCCCCGGUUUCUACAACAAUAGAAUCAGAGCCAGCCCAAGAGGAGCAUGAGAACAUGAAAAACCUGCUCAUCGCCAACAACGACAAUAGCAAGCUGCGCAGGAGCCGUGCUGUACGAAGUUUAGGCAAGGUUAGCACACACAUGUCUGUAGCCAAAGAGGACAGCGCCAGCUCACAGGAUGAUGCCACAGAUGAGAUCAUGGAUCGUCUGGUUAAGUCUGUCACCCAGAAUCCCACAGAGAGGGCGUCUAGUCCAAAAACAAGGAAACGCUCGCGGCUUAACCGAAAAUCAUUGCGGAGGACUCUAAAGAGUGGCUUGAGUGUGGAUGUGGUGCAGGCCCUUGGCCUCGGCAGUGCUAAUGGGAAGGUCUGAAGCUGUUGGCUCUUGGCUGUGGAAAACUCCUGCAAGGCAGCAAUGAGUCCAUGAGGAGAGCUGCAUUCAUGAUGGGAAGAACUGCGAUAACAAAGGGAUCUUCACUAAAGACAGUUUGUGGGAUGCCUGCAUCUAAUUCCGUCUGCCAGUCUGAACAAUUCAGUGGAUGAAUCAUGUGCUUCCAGCUGAAACACAAACAUCUGCGUUACUGUACAAAUACCUGAAGUGUGUGCAUGAUAUCUAUUAGACAUAUGAUUUGAUUGGUACAAACUUUAUAUGAAUAGUAUUAAAUACCAGCCUACGUUUACAGAUGGAGAAUAAAUGUAAAUGUAAAAUGCUAAAUAUUUUGACCAGAUGCACAUUAUUUUGUAUAGAGACUUAGAUUACAAAGAUUGGAGCACAUUUUAUCAGUCAAAGAGAUUGUAUUUAAGGGUUUUAAGUUAAUUUUUUUUUUUUUUUUUUUUAAGACAAAUUUUAUACUUUUGCCAUAUCUGUUGUGAUGGCUCAGCUCAAGGUUAGGGUCGUGGAAGCCAGUAACUGAGAUCAGUGCAAUAGGGUAACUCAAACACACUGGUUUCCUGGGCCCAUUAAUGAAGCUGGUCCCUGGGUCAAACUGCACUGUCCAUUAUAAACUCCUUAGUCUUGGACAAGGUUUAAUUUGCGUCUGGAAAGCUGACCCAUGUACACCUGGGUAGUGUUCAGCUGAAUAUCCUGACUACCAAGGAGAUCUUGAUUAGAGAGACAUAAACUAGGUCACAUGUUUGUUUUUCUUUUAUUUACCACAGCGCUCUCUUGAUAGGUUUGUGGAUGCUACAACACAGUCCUGUAUUCUGCUGUAUCCCAUUUCUGUCCUGAUAUAUAUUAAUGUGCUCUGUAGUCAAGAUAAAGGUGGGAAAUCAUGCUUUCAACUAUUCUUUCACUUAAACACUUUCAGUUUUUGAUGAGUUUCAACUUUUUAGUUAUACCACUGUUAUGGUGUUAUAAAAUGUGCAUAGACCACUCUCUUUCUUGCUGAAGAGGAAUGUUGCGUUAAAAACUAAACAUUUCUCUAGCCCUUUUUACUGUUACAAGCACAUAUUUUAAAGGACUUUGCUUGGUGUUGCUUUUUUUGCACAGGGGUUUAUGUUAUAAGAAUUUAGUCACAAGUCACUCUGUUGUUUUAUGUAUAUGACCUUAUUACAUGUCUGCAUGAGUGCAUGUGUUCUUCACUCUGAAUGUAUCACUAUUAGCGUGUCCCCGUCACUACCCUUGACACCUGCACAAAUAGAGUACAGUACUUCUAAUGUUAGACAUUGUAUUCUGAUUAAGAAUUGUUUUACAAAGACAUGUUGGCCUUGAAUACCAAGACAGUGCUCUGUUUAAAAUUAAAAUAAAUGUUUUAUUAGA